GUUAUGCCUACGGCUUCUCUUCACAUCCUCAGACCAUCCUCGUCCCCUACGAUUGCUGGCAGUCAGAUGAGGCCUUGCCCAGUUUCACCCCGGAGCAUGUUCAGCUCUUCAUCGCAGAGGACAACGACCCUUUUGCGGACACGCCGAUCUUCGAGCACUACCAGUUCUGGUCCCUUGGGUUUCCCGGAGAGCCCAUCCCGCUGCCGGGGAAGGACCUAUUGCCACACCGCACCACCCGCGCCCGGCUUUAUGUCAAGCGGGCUGCACAGGGCGGGCGAAAUGUGCGGAUACGAGGCUUCCGAGUGCUCACGAAGUCUCUCAAGCGCCGGCGCGAGAUGGAAAUUCGACUGGUAGAGCGACUGUGGAACACACAGGACUUCACUGACAUGGUCAUCCAGUGCUCCGACGGGGCUGAGGUGAAGGCUCAUCGAUCCGUAUUGGCGAUUGCUUCUCCGGUUUUUCACUGCAUGCUCCUCUCUCCGAUGAAGGAGGGCGUUGUUGGCGGCACCGUCAGCUUGCCUUGCAAUGAAGCCGUCGUGCGAGCGCUGCUGAGACAUUGCUAUGGUAUGCCCUAUGAGAACGACCUGAGCUUGGAGGACGAGUUGGCAUUAGUCGGACAGGCACAUGCCUUCGAGUUGGUCGCGCUCUGUGAGGAGGCGGCCGUGUCGGCCAUAGAGCGCUUGUCGCCAGAGACCGCGACGCCACUGAUCAAGGGCCUUCGGACCUUCUACAAGGCAGGCUCUCUCAAAGAGGCCUGGGAUUGCCUGGUUCGCCAGAUCCGGGCUAGCCCAAAGCUUUGCGAAGCCGUGCUGCUGACCAGCUGA